AUGGCCUGCAUCUCACAGGUCAGAUAUCACAGGUUGGACAACGUUCCCAAUGUCAAUAGUGUCACAGAACACUGCAAUGUAAAGUGUGACAGUGCAUGGUGUUCUUUGCCAGCAGUGGCUUACCUUGCAGGAAAUAAUGGACAUCUGGCGGAGGAGCAGGUCCAUUGUUCCAUCUGUCUGGACGUGUUCACCAACCCUGUCUCCAUCCCCUGUGGACACAACUUCUGCCGCUGCUGCAUCCUAGACUACUGGAAGACCACCGCCCUGUUCCAAUGCCCCAUGUGCAAGAAGACCUUCAAGAGGCCCGACAUUAGCAUCAACACCGUCCUGAGGGAGAUUGCAGAGCAAUUCAAGGACAUCAGGGUUAUUAAUGCAGAGCGUCUCCAACAGCAGGAGCUGAAAGAGGAACGUGAGCUACAAAAGAAGAUGGAGGAAAGGAGCAGGAGGAGAAAAAGAUGGAGCAGGAAACUGAGAAUGAACAGCAGGAUCUGGUUCAAAAGCAGCAGAAACUUCUUCAGGAGCCGAGGCUGAAUCAAAAGAUACCGAAGCUACAGCUGCAGUGAACGACCAGCCAGGAACCAGAGAAAUUAAUGGAUUCAAAACCAGAGGAAAAGCCUAAGGCACCACCAGCCCUUGCUCUGCCCUCUCCACCCCACACUCCCUGGGGCAAGGUUUCUUGUGAUGUCUGCAUGGGUGAUCGCAUGAAGGCUGUCA